GGAUAUAACAAACCAGUGUGCAAGCAACUGGAAUUUUUUUUUUUUUUUGCUUUGUAAUCAGUAGUUUUCAAGGGAGCUUUUGAAGCCGAGCUGAAAUAUUUGAAAUGAGGAACACUCUUGACCAUGAAAUAUGUUCUACUUACAUGCCUCAGCCUUUAAAAGUUCUUUGCAUUAGAGUCGGGGAUUACAUUGUUUCUGGAGUCAAGCAUGGGGCCAGCUGUGAACGAGCUGCACUGCUCCUUGGGGAGGCUAAUGGGAGUUUAAAAGGUUUGUUGUGGCGGGUGUCACAAACAUUCCCAACUCCAUCACCAACCCUUUACUUCCAUCUCUGUCCACUGUAAACCACUUAGACACCUACGCAAAGGCGACAGCUGGAUUCAGGAAACCAUGCAUCAUGUCACCAGGAGACAACUGCAGACUUUAAACUGUGUUCAACAUGUGGAUGCGGCAGAGAAAUGACCUGUCCAGACAAGCCAGGGCAGCUCAUAAACUGGUUCAUCUGCUCUUUUUGCAUCCCGCGGGUGUGUAAACUCUGGAGCAGCCGCCGUCCAAGGACCCGGAGGAACCUUCUGCUGGGCACUGCCUGCGCCAUCUACCUGGGCUUCCUAGUGAGCCAGGUGGGGCGCGCAUCGCUCCAGCACAGACCCGCUGCGGAAAGGGGGGCCCAUCAGAGCCGAGACACCCCCAAGGCAUCCUUCCCUGAGAUACCCUUGGAUGGUACCCUGGCCCCUCCAGAGUCCCAGGACAAUGGAUCCACCCUGCAGCCCAAUGUGGUGUACAUUACCCUACGCUCUAGACGAAGCAAGCCCGCCAAUAUCCGUGGCACAGUGAAACCGAAGCGCAGGAAGAAGUAUGCAGUGGUAUAUCCAGCCCCGGGACAGGAGGCUUUGGUGGGACCAUCCCUCCAGCCACAGGAAGCUGUAAGGGCAGCUGAUGCUGAUGUGCCUGGGUACGUCCAGAGAGGAAAUCUGGCCAACGUUGGGGAAGAACACUGGAGAUUGAUACGGGAUCCCGGAGUGCGAGUUGGGGGUUCAGAUUUACAGCUGCCUAAGGCCAGGGAGAGCAACAUCAGGAUCUACAGCGAGAGCGCCCCCUCAUGGCUGAGCAAAGAAGACAUCCGUAGAAUGCGACUGUUGGCCGAUGGUGUUGUGUUGGGCUUCCAGCCAGUGUCCUCAAACAGCCAAGUGCGCUUGCUGAUGUUCGAGGGGAGUGCCGCUGGCUCUGUGCCUGGCUGCGGCCCUAGCCCCUGCGGGCUGGUCAAGCAGCCUUUGGACAUGAGUGAGGUGUUUGCCUUCCACCUGGACAGGAUCCUGGGACUCAACAGGACCCUGCCUUCUGUGAGCAGGAAAUCAGAGUUCAUCCAAGAUGGCCGCCCAUGUCCUGUCAUUUUCUGGGAUUCAUCUUUAUCUCCAACGAGUAAUGAGACCCACUCUUCCGUUAAGCUCACCUGGGGGACUUACCAGAAGUCGCUAAAGCAGAAGUGCUGGCAGAACGGCCGAGCGCCCAAACCCGACCGGGGUUGUACUGCAGUGCAUCAUCACGAGUGGUCCAAGAUGGCCCUCUUCGAUUUCCUGUUGCAGAUUUAUAAUCGCUUAGAUACAAAUUGCUGUGGAUUCAGACCUCGAAAGGAAGAUGCCUGUGUACAGAAUGGACUGCAGCCAAAAUGUGACGACCAAGAUUCUGUGGCUCUCGCGCACAUUAUCCAGCGAAAGCACGACCCAAGGCAUUUGGUCUUUAUAGACAACAAGGGUUUCUUUGACAGAAGUGAAGAUAACUUAAACUUCAAAUUGUUAACAGGCAUCAAAGAGUUUCCCGAAUCUGCAGUUUCUGUUUUGAAGAGCCAGCACUUACGGCAGAAACUCCUUCAAUCUCUGUUUCUUGAUAAAGUUUAUUGGGAGAGUCAAGGAGGUAGACAAGGAAUUGAAAAGCUUAUUGAUGUAAUAGAACAAAGAGCCAAAAUCCUUCUCACCUACAUCAAUGCACAUGGGGCCAAAGUAUUACCUAUGAAUGAAUAAUGAAAGGAUCUUCUGGCUGGAGUACUAGAUAUAUUUAUUUAUGUGUUGUUGUUUUUAAAUCAAGUACACAAACCUCAACUCCUUUUAGGAAUGAGACAGAGUAGAUGAAUACAUAAAAUGAGUGAAUUUAACCAAGUAUAUAUGAUGGACCUGAGCAUGAUAAGCAGCUCAUAAAGCUUUAAGAAACAUACUCCUCAAAAAAAUAUUUGUUUGUAUAUUUCAUACCAUUGUCAUGUGAGUCUCAGCAUCUGAUUACAGAAUGAUUGAAAUUAUUAUUCCAGCUAGAUUUGGUAAAACAUUGGUCAUCUUGUUUAACAGAACAGUGUAAACCAACUUCUUUAAUAAAUUAUGUUUUAUGCCAUUUUCACUGGUCUGACUAAAUACUAAUGGGAAUGAACCUGAAUUUGUUUUAUUGCUAAUUGUUAAAACAGCAGUCCCAGCCCUCACUCGGAGGUGACUCUGCACUGGGAAACAUGCACGUGAUCUGCAAAUACAUCAGUGCCUACAAUCAUUCUAAAUGGAAAGGAUGAGUUAUUUGCAAAACCACCAGUUUAUAUCCUAUUGUGUCUAUAAAUAAUCAGCCGUUUCCAUGAUUCUGAGCAGCGAGAAUCACAUUUUCUACUUAUCUUCAGAUAUUUAUUUUGUUGUCAGUGUAGGAAACAUCUAAAUCUGACAAUUUAUACAUUAGGUAGUUUUGCCUUCUCAGUUUAGGGCUAAUUUACGUCUAGUUGCUUAAAAUGAAAUAAUAUCAAGGUUUAAAGUUACCUAUUUGAAACUGUACUUAUAGAACACAUUUAAAAAUGUUCUUUUUAAAAUUUUUGUCAUUUUUACAAGGAUGUACUGUAAUUUCUGUAUAUUUCAUUAAAAUAGUGUUAUUCUUCAAAUUUGUUCUGUGUAAUUAUAUUUAAACUGAUUUAAUUGAUAUUGUCUAGAUAUUGACAAUCAGAUCAGGUAUUGACUGUGUUGAAAUAUAUUGUUUUGCUUGUUUCAGUACGAACAAAUACAUUAAAACUUGACUCUGGUCAUUUCUCCUUGAGGAAUGAACACGACUAGAACAAAAACAGUAUACUUUGAUAUUAUUGAACUUUAAAUAAUUCUCCCCAAACCCCCACUACCAAGUUUUUAAUUAGAUGGAAGGAUGUGGACAUAAAGUAUUCAUGUGUUGGAUCUUUAUAUCCUUGGAGGAUAUGUCAUCUUGGAUGACAGAUAUUCAUAUGGAGAUUUCAAAUCUUGAAUAAAUUAUCAUUAUUCUCCCAUCCCCAUACCCCCAACCCCUUAUUGAGCAGCUGAUUUGCUGACUUUUCCUUUCCCUGGAAGUUUAAAAAUACAAUUUAAGAAUGUUUUUAAUAAUACUACAAUUUAAGAAUGUUUUUAAUAGUAAUGAGAACCUAUCUGUAGAUUCUAAUAUUUACAAAAGUAUAGGGACAAAGAGUUAAAAUAACAUGUUAAGUACAAAA